AUGUCUUCCCAAUCACCGGAAAGCUCCAACCCUUCAUUCUCCAUGUCCGCGUACAUGAAUUCAUACUCCGACGACGAGGUCGCCUCCCUCCCAUCUGAAUCUACAACCGAGUCCGACCUCGAGACUCUGUCGGAAUACUCCUCCGAUGCCGAAGAAGAAUGGCGGGAAAGCAUCCAACAACUUGAAUUGCUUUUGAGCAUGGUUCUGGUACCCUUCAUCGGGAAACUCAUGGGCCGCCGAUGCGCGUAUUGGAGUUGGACACGAUUCAUGCAGUGGAAAUACCCAGUUGAGGUUGUGAUCCAGAACCCGGGCGCAUUCAAGGCAGCGGGCGUUGUUGAGGCGGCUGCAACUUUAUGA